GUAGAGACAAACAAAAAGACGGCCGCGUCACUGAUUCAAGCUAGCCCGCCAUGGACGACGCACCUGCAGCCAUCGUCAAGGCCAAGGGCGGCAGGGGGGCGUUCCUCGCCCACUUCUUCAUCGUGCUCCCCGUCGUCACCCUGUGCGUCGUCGUCUACGCCCCACGCUACUUCUCCGGUCCCCCACCGUACUACGGCGGCGGCGCCAACGACGUCGGCGGCAUCUCCGCGCCCAGGCCCAGCUCGAUGACCCGUACGUCGUCCUCGUCGUCAGCGCAUCUCGGCGGGUUGGGCUACGUCGCUGGCCGCCGCGAUGCAGACGAAGACGACCAGCAGCUGGGUGUGGGUGACGGCGGCGCGCUGCCGCAGCAGGUGGUUCUUGACAACCAGGUGGGCUCCCCGUGCUCGUCCCUGCCCAACCACACCAUCUGCUGCGACCGCUCCGACUACCACUCCGACGUCUGCUUCAUGGCCGGCGACGUGCGCACGGACGCCGCGUCCCUGGCCCUCCUGCUGUUCCCGCCGCGAGCAGCGUCGUCAGCGCCGGAGCCACCCGCCGCGGAGGAGCGGAUACGGCCCUACACGCGCAAGUGGGACGCCUACAUCACCAAGACCAUCCACGAGGUCACGCUCCGGGUGGCCCGGCCGGAGGAGGCCGCCGCCGCCGCGCACCGGUGCGACGUCCGGCACGACGCGCCGGUCCUCGUCGUCACGGCGGGCGGGUACAGCCACAACAUGUUCCACGUCUUCAACGAUGGAUUCCUGCCGCUGUGGCUGACGGCGCAGCACCUCCGCCGCCGCGCCGUGCUCGCGGUGCUCUCGUACAGCCCGCGCUGGGCCGGCACCUACGGCGAGAUACUCGCAGGCCUCUCGCGGUACCACGCCAUCGACCUGCUCAGGGACAAGAGGACGCACUGCUUCCCGGGCGCCGUCGUGGGCACCCGCUACCACGACUACCUCGCCGUCAACUCCACGCGGCUCCGGGACAACAAGACCAUCGCGGACUUCCACGACUUCCUCGCCGGCGUGUACAGCGACGACGACGUGCGCAACGACAAAGCUGCAGGCGGCAGCAGCAGCAGCAGGAGGCCGGAGAUGGCGUGGUACGAGCGGCGCCGGCCACGGCUCGGGAUCGUGUCGCGCAAGGGGAGGCGCGUGGUCGAGAACCAGGCGGCCGUGGCGCAGCUGGCGGCGUCGGUCGGGUUCGACGUGGACAUCAUGGAGACGGCCAACGGCGCGCCGCUCUCGGCCGUGUACGCGUCCGUGAGCUCGUACGAUGCGCUGGUGGGCGUGCACGGCGCCGACCUGACCACGUUCCUGUUCCUGCGCCCCGGCCGCGCGGCGCUGGCGCAGAUCGCGCCGCUCGGCAUCACCAUGCUCUCGCGCAACCUCUUCGGCGUGCCGGCGGCCAGGAUGGGGCUGCACUACGUGCAGUACGACGUGAGCGCGCGCGAGAGCUCGCUGAGCCGCAGGUAUCCGCUCGACCAUGUCGUCGUGGCCGACCCGGCGAGGGCAAGGCGGGAGCAGGGGAAGCAGGAGUGGGAGCUUGUGGAGCACGUGUACCUACGAGGGCAGAACGUCAGCCUGGACCUCGGCAGGUUCCGGGAGACACUGGCCAGGAUCCACUCCCGACUCAAGGAGCAACAACAAGGUCACGCUUCCAGGUCCAGUCCAGAUGCGUCACCGCAAAUAUAGGCUUGUUGCAUACUGCUAGGUAACGUAGACGUUUAUUUGGUGCUAUAAAUAUUGAUAUUUUACUUAUAAAAUUAGUGAUAUAAGGCAAUUCUAUAAGUUAGUUUAUUAAUUUAGAGUAGAGGAAGUAUUGUUUUACUUAAUGAUAACGUCAUGUUCACUUGCC